UUCCUUAUGUUCAAUGAUGAUAUCACAAAUUGAAACUAAACUUUUGCAAUCAGGAGUACAAACAAAUGAUAUUCUAACAGCCUAUUUAUCAACUAUCAAAACCAUAAAAUACCUUGAUCCCUCAAUGCUUUCAAUCAUAUCUCAACCAUUCCAGACUUACUUAUUACACCGAUCUGACACCAUAAAGUGUAUAGUAGCGUCUCUCGCCUCUGUAGAGGACGAAGAUCUCGAUUUUGAUGAUAACGUCGAAGACCAAGAAAAUGUUGAAAUAGAAACUGAAAGGGAAGAAUUAGAAUUACCCGUAAACAAUGAAUCCGAAUCGAAUGAAGAAUCAAAUGAUAAACUAAUACAUUCUCCUGCCGAUCAACUCGAUGACGGUUCCUCCCACUCCAGGGAAGAUAUAUCUGAUAAUUGCAAUCUUCUAGGUAGAAAUAUGACUAAUUUUGGUUUGGAAGAUCCGAGCGGUAUUAGAAGACCUCCUUUACUACGACUCAAGGAGAACGCUCUUGUAGGAAAAGAAGAAGAAGAUGAAGGAUUGGACGAUCAAAAUGAGUCCCUCCUUAGACCCCUCCCCAAAUACGCGGUGCCCAAACACUUUGACCUCGUCCAAAUCGGUGAAAUGGACUUUAUAGAACGGUUUAAUCGAAUUUCUUCCCAAAAUGCCGAUAAGAAUAUUGAUCCUGAUGAAAUCCCGAAAUGCAUAAUGGGAGCGAGCGAGGCCCUGCUUCAUGUUUACGGCCAUUUGACCGAAUUUGCCCGCGAAUACAUAGAUCAGUUGGCCCGUAGAGUCAUUACAGUCUUUUACAGGAGCGGUAAAAACUUCGAAAUUUUGAAAGAAUUCGCCAAUCGGGAAACGAGAUAUUUGAGUUCGUUGAAAGAAAGAUUCGGUGAAGCGCAUAUGGAUAAUUGUCAGGUCAUAAUAAAGGAUGCCUCCGAAACUAGCAUCUUAAACAAGAUCAUCCAUGGGGACAACGAAUUCUUACAAGAAAUGAUUCAAAAUGGAAACACUGGCAUAUUCUCGAAAGGUGCCCAACUAAAUAUUUUGAUAUUCUCGAAAGAAUUUUGGCCUCACAACAUUCCCAUGAUGCAGGAAUCUUCUACCCUCGGUGAUAGAAAUAGGCCCGAAAGUCAGUUAAAGGAUUUGAUCUUGCCUAAGGAAAUAAUGAACGCUUUGGAACUCUAUGGACGAACAUAUGCCAAGCAUAAAGAGCACAGAAUACUAGAAUACAAGAAGCACUUUGGCAAGGUAAGCCUGGAUAUAACUAUGAGACGCAGGGACGGAAGGUUCAAAACUACUCGUUACAAUGUGACUCCAUUACUUGCUUGCAUCGUAUGCUUGUUCCACGAGGAAGAUAAAUGCGAAGAAGAAUCGAAAUAUUAUUCGGGAUCUGUUAUGGGGUCCGGGAUGGAUGUCGACGUUGAACAGAAGCCUUCCACAAGCUAUUCAUACAAUAACGAACAAGAAAAUAACGAGAAUCACAUGAUAAAACGCAAAAACGUUUUGACCGGUCAAAAAAUCGCGUCGUCACUUGGUGUGCCUCAUUCGCUUGUUAAAAGGAAAAUCAAUUUUUGGAUCAAUCAAGGCUUGAUUAUAGAAACGGAAAAGGAUUGUUACCUUUCAGCGGACGAUGAACAUUUCUCCGAAAAAUCAACUGAUUUUAGGGAUGCUAGUCAUUCCGCUCUUCUUUCCACUUGUUCCUCCAGGAACAUUAUAAAUAUGAAUAGCAGCGACGAGAAUUAUAACUCCAUUGAAGGGGAAGAUAAAGCGGGAAACCAAGAUGAAGAAAUACCAUCGGAUACCAUAAACAACACUCGAAAUCAGAUAAUUUGGUUGUACAUUAAAAAUAUUCUAACAAACAUGGAAAGCCUAACUCUAGAACGCAUGUUUUCCAUUCUCAAGAUUUUCAUGAAACAGCUCCCGGUCUUAGCUAAAUCGCAAAAGGCGGGCAGCGAAUUCCUAAUAUCCGAUUUGCAAAAAUUCCUCGAAAUCAAGGUUAAAGACGGACUACUGGAAUACGUAGCUGAGGGAACUUUGUAUAGAUUGACGAAAUGACUUAUCAAUUUUGUUUUUGUUAUUUACUUAACUAUUGGCUAAAUAAGAUUAUCGCGAAGAGAAUGAAAUUUAGGGGGGGGGGGAAUAUUUGAAUAAAUAAAGGUUUAGUGGAACUAUUUACCAUUACUUUUGUAUGUAUAUGAGGAAUUUUGAAUUAUUUUACUUACAUAUUGAGAGUACAUUUUGCUUUUUUUAUGCUAUUUUAUAUCUAAUAAAGUGCAGUAGUUAGCUAGGCCAUAAUCUGAGUGGAUUGAGGGGAGGGGGCACUAGAAGAAAUAUUUUUAAAAUAAAAAGUCGUCAAAAAAAUGAUUUCCCAACACUUUAUUAUGGACGCUAUUCAGUUAUCGUCAGCGCCUUAAAGUUAUUUUUACGUUUGUGUUACUAGCUCUAAUACCUAUCUAUUAAA